AUGAAGACAUGUGGGCGUACGUUGCUAGUGGCAAGCGCCUCCCAGGUUCGUACCUUCAUCGUAACGUUCUUGUUUCUGAUUUUAGCUUCUCCCUUUUACUCAUUCUUAUCGUGUUUGUUGUGUGCAGUGCAAUGGUCAGCAUGGCUGACACAUACUAGGCCGGAUCCGCCGAGUAUUGAGGAAUUACAAGCGGAUCUAGCACGUCAACAACGGGUUAAGUUGAAUGUAGCCAUUCUAGAAGCGAAGGAUGAAGCGGAAAGAGCCAACAGGGAGCGGCUGGAUACACCCGGCCAUCAUCCUGAAAUUGAGACACGGUCUCCGUCGGUCUCGUGGAGCGUGCCUAGGGAUCAAAAACUGGAACCUCCAGAAUCUGAUCAACGGCCAAAGGCGCAAACACGGGAUCCUUGGGCAGAAGCAUUGAAAGGAUCUGAUGAACCCCGAUCAUGGACACCUAUGGCUCGGAAAAGAUAA